UUCGGCUCGUGGUGCAGUUCCUGUGGCGAGGUGAGUGAUAUCCGGCGGUGAGUGUCCGGCUCGCGCUCCUCCCUCUGUAUAACGCGCUCUCUCUCGCCUUGCAGUAAAUAUGGCGAUGCGGCAAACCCCCCUCACCUGCUCCGGACACACCCGGCCUGUGGUGGACCUGGCCUUCAGCGGGAUCACCCCCUACGGAUCCUUCCUCAUCAGCGCCUGCAAGGAUGGCAAGCCAAUGCUUCGGCAGGGAGAUACCGGUGACUGGAUUGGCACGUUUUUGGGCCACAAAGGUGCUGUUUGGGGAGCCACUCUGAAUAAAAAUGCCACAAAAGCAGCCACUGCAGCCGCAGACUUUACAGCGAAAGUGUGGGAUGCUGUGACAGGGGACGAGAUCAUCACAUUGGCACACAAACACAUAGUAAAAAGCGUGGAUUUUACAGAGGAUAGCAUCAAUCUGCUGACAGCAGGCCAGGAUAAACUGUUGCGCAUAUAUGACUUGAAUAAACCAGAAACCGAACCGGAGGAGAUCAGCGGUCAUACGUCUGCAAUUAAGAAAGCUCUAUGGUACAACAAUGAGAAACAGAUCAUUUCUGCCGCAGAUGAUAAAACUGUCCGACUCUGGGACAGAGCAAGCAAGAGCGAAGUGAAGACUCUUCAGUUUGGGAUGUCUGUUAGCAGCAUGGAGUACAUUCCGGAUGGAGAGACCCUUCUCAUCACCUAUGGAAGAACAAUUGCGCUGUAUAAUACGACAAGUCUUGAGCUGGUCAAGUCAUUUGAAGCUCCUGCACCAAUCAAUUCAGCUUCUCUGCACCCUGAGAAAGAAUGCAUUGUAGCUGGUGGGGAUGACUUCAAGUUGUAUAAAUACGAUUAUAGUACAGGAGAGGAGCUAGAAUCCUACAAAGGCCACUUUGGUCCAGUGCACUGCGUGCGGUUCAGCCCGGAUGGAGAGUUAUACGCCAGUGGCUCCGAAGAUGGGACUCUCCGACUUUGGCAAACUGCGGUUGGCAAGACAUACGGACUGUGGAAAUGUGUCCUACCAGAAGAGCUUGUUUCAGAAAACCCCGAUGCAGUUUACAGCUCGACUCCUGAGAUUAAAGCCUGAACAAAGAGCGGUGUCUCCAGAAACCUAGAAAGCAGACAUUGACACAAAGCAAAUGUCAAGAGACUGACUCCUUCCAGAGUAUCCUCCACCCCAAGCAAUGGCGAGCAUCUAUUGGGAAUCUCUGCUGGAACAGACGGGGCGACAUGUGGAGGCUGGAAGUUGUGACUAAUUUAGCCAGAGCUUGUCUUUUGUGAAGAGAAACGUCCGUCCUUUCACUUUGGAGGGAGACGCCAGGGCUGUUUCUGUAUUUGGAGAGGGGAGGAUAAAGCUUUAAUUUGUCAUUAAUGUUGGGAGAGUUUCCUAGUACUUACGUUUGUCCUCUUUACUCAUAUUGCUUCUCCUAGCAGCUCAGAUGAAUAAAACCUGUAAACGUCCAA